CCGGCCGGACCCAGCCCAGAGGCGGCGGCUGAGUGGUUGAUGGCCCCGCAGGCUCCUAGCGUGGACUCCGGGCUGAUCGCGCCCUGGCUGCGCUGAUUGCAGCCCCGGCCCCUGGGCUGCCCCUGCCGGGGACACCGCGCCGCGCGGGGCGGCUGCUGAGAGCGCGCCCGGGGGGAUUGCUGCAGCGCCCCGUCGCGACGGGGAUGGGCGCGCUGUAAAAAAGCCCCCGAUUUGAAACCCCUCCCGUGGCUUGGCCAGAUCCCAGCUGCGCCGGCGGCGGAGGUGGUGGGGGGCCAUGGGGAACAUCUCCUCCAACAUCUCCGCUUUCCAGUCCCUGCACAUCGUCAUGCUGGGCUUGGACUCGGCCGGCAAGACCACCGUCCUCUACCGCCUCAAGUUCAACGAGUUCGUCAACACGGUGCCCACCAUCGGCUUCAACACCGAGAAGAUCCGGCUGAGCAACGGCACGGCCAAGGGCAUCAGCUGCCACUUCUGGGACGUGGGCGGCCAGGAGAAGCUGCGGCCGCUCUGGAAGUCCUACAGCCGCUGCACCGACGGCAUCAUCUACGUGGUGGACUCGGUGGACGUGGACCGGCUGGAGGAGGCCAAGACCGAGCUGCACAAGGUGACCAAGUUCGCCGAGAACCAGGGCACCCCCUUGCUGGUCAUCGCCAACAAGCAGGACCUGCCCAAGUCCCUGCCCGUGGCCGAGCUGGAGAAGCAGCUGGCGCUGCAUGAGCUCGCCCCCUCCACCACCUACCACGUCCAGCCCGCCUGCGCCAUCAUCGGCGAGGGGCUCACCGAGGGCAUGGACAAGCUCUACGAGAUGAUCCUCAAGCGCAGGAAGUCCCUCAAGCAGAGGAAGAAACGAUAACCGCCGGGCUCAAACCCCGCUAGCCUGAAACAUUGCCGGGCCGGCCUCCCUAGUGUCUGUGUCUAGACGGGCGCUCGGCCCCCCAGCGCCUUUCAUUGGGGUCGCCACUGCUCUUAACUUGCUGGCAGGACUAGGAGGUGGGUGAGGC